AUGGUAAGGAGUUCUGUUAACUUAGGUGGAUGGAAGAGCAGGUGGGUCUUAUCAGAUUGGAAGCGAACCGAAGGGAAAGCUGGAACCUUUAAGCACACCGCUGGGAAAUGGCCCGGCGAUCCCGACGAUAAAGGUAUUCAGACGUAUAACGAUGCCAAGCAUUACGCCAUCUCUGCAAAGAUUCCGGAGCUCAGCAACAAAAACCGGACCCUGGUGGUCCAAUACUCCGUCAAGUUCGAGCAAGACAUUGAGUGCGGCGGCGGUUACAUCAAGCUUCUCUCCGGUUAUGUCAACCAGAAGCAGUUCGGUGGCGACACACCUUACAGCCUGAUGUUUGGACCGGAUAUAUGCGGAACCCAGACGAAGAAGCUGCACGUUAUUCUAUCAUAUCAAGGGCAGAACUAUCCCCUAAAAAAGGAUUUGCAAUGUGAAACCGACAAGCUAACUCAUUUCUACACAUUCAUUCUCCGGCCCGAUGCUUCUUACAGCGUUCUUGUCGACAAUAGGGAGAGAGAAUUCGGCAGCAUGUACACCGACUGGGACAUUCUUCCUCCGAGAAAAAUCAAGGAUGUGAAUGCAAAGAAGCCAGCCGACUGGGAUGACAGAGAGUAUAUCGAUGAUCCCGACAAUGUCAAACCCGAGGGUUAUGAUUCGAUCCCACGCGAGAUUUCUGAUCCAAAGGCUAAGGAGCCCGAGGACUGGGACGAGGAAGAAAAUGGUAUAUGGAAACCUCCUAAGAUACCAAACCCGGCCUACAAAGGUCCUUGGAAGCCGAAGAAAAUCAAGAACCCGAACUACAAGGGAAAAUGGAAGACUCCAUGGAUAGAUAACCCGGAAUUCGAGGAUGACCCAGAUCUCUACGUGAUGAAACCGGUAAAAUACGUUGGGAUCGAAGUAUGGCAGGUGAAAUCGGGUUCCAUCUUCGACAACAUUUUGAUAAGCGAUGACCCGCAAUAUGCUAGAAGCAUCGUGGAUGAAUAUUUCACCAACUACCGGCAGACCGAGACCGAGGCAUUUGCGGAAGCUGAGAAAGAAAGAAAAGCUCGAGAAGAAGAGGAAGCUAGGAAAGCGAGAGAAGAAGGAGAACGACGGAGGAGAGAGAGGGACAGCCGAUAUGGAGACAGGAGACGCUACAAAAGGCACCACCCGCGUGACUACAUGGACGAUUACCAUGACGAACUUUAAGCUGCAGUUUGGGGAUGUGGAAGAACGUGUGACCCUUGACCAAUAAAAACUAGUCUCCGGUUGUGAUUUUAUCAAUCCCGGUUCGGUUUAGACCGGUUUAUUUGAAAUCUUAUCGGAUUGGGUAUACAAAGACUUGCAUUCAUCGAUCCGGUUACCAAAACAUGGAAAUUGGAGUCGCUUGUCUUCGGAUUCUCUCAAAAAUCGAUCCUUUAUGUUGUAAAACAGUUUCAAUUCGAAUUACCAUUAUGAUGUUAUGGUAAAAAGAUUAUUCUACAGCUCUCAAUCA